UGUAGAAAAAAGAUUUUAUAUUUCCACGAAUUCCGAUUGUUCGGUUAUUCUUCUACGAUUUAUUGUAGUGGUAAUCCCCAUUUAGCUCAUAACCGCUACGUAAUACCAGAAAGUAGAGCCCCUUUAUGGUCGUGACAUGAACAGAUCACGAGCAGUUCGACUCAGUAGGUUAUUCAGAAUUCGUAUAUAUUACACAUGUUUACAAGCAAAUUUUAUGAUCUCUUGGGACUUUUUGAUAAAAUAUAUAAUAUAAUAAAACAAAAUGUAUGUAUAAUAUAAUUAUAUAAGAAAAGCCGAUAGCAAGUCUUGUACAUAGAUUCAAUCACAGUUUAGUACAACUUUGGAUCCGUAUGUUAGAAUUCAGUAUAACAAAAUGACUAAAAUCUUGUUUGCUUCUAUAAAUAUGGUGGGAUUCUACUCAAAAUGUAGAUUUUUUAGCACAACAAUGCAUCUGAAUGACGUGGUUAUAUUAAGUGCUGUAAGAACACCAAUAGGAUCAUUUAUCGGUGCUCUUUCUUCAUUACCUGCUCCGAAACUUGGAGCUAUUGCCAUACAGAAUUCCAUAGAACGUGCCGGCCUUGCUAAAGAUCAGGUUCAAGAAGUUUAUAUGGGGAAUGUUUGUCAAGCAGCAAUAGGUCAAGCUCCAGCCCGACAAGCUGCUUUAUUUGCAGGUCUUCCUUCAUCAACAAUAUGUACAACAGUAAACAAAGUAUGUGCCAGUGGAAUGAAAAGUGUGAUGUUGGCUUCUCAAUCAUUACAAUGUGGUCAUCAAGAUAUCAUUCUAGCAGGAGGCAUGGAAUCUAUGUCUAAUGUUCCAUACUAUUUACGACGUGGAGCAACUCCUUAUGGCGGUGUUACCUUAGAGGAUGGUAUUGUCUUUGACGGCUUGACUGAUGUUUAUAACAAGUUCCAUAUGGGGAAUUGUGCUGAAAACACUGCUAAAAAAUUUAAAAUCUCUAGAGAAGAACAAGAUGAAUAUGCUAUAAGUUCUUAUGAACGUAGCGCAGAAGCUUGGAAAAAUAAAGUCUUCCAAGAUGAGAUUGUUUCUGUUAAUGUUCCACAAAAAAAGGGUCAGCCAGAUUUAGUAAUUGUUGAAGAUGAAGAAUAUAAAAAAGUGAAUUUCGAAAAAUUUCGAGGUUUAAAAACUGUAUUCCAGAAAGAAAAUGGAACCGUAACAGCUGGAAAUGCAUCCACCCUUAAUGAUGGAGCUGCUGCGUUAAUUUUAAGUUCAUCUCAAAAAGCUCAAAAAUUGAAUCUCAAACCUUUAGCUCGAGUUAUUGACUUUCAAGAUGCAGCCACAGAUCCAAUCGAUUUCCCUAUUGCUCCUGCACUUGCUAUCCCCAAGUUACUUGAAAAAACAGGUGUGAAUAAGAAUGACGUUUCUAUGUGGGAGAUUAACGAAGCAUUCAGUGUUGUUGCUGUAGCUAAUCAAAAACAUUUGGGCCUUGAUCCCACUAAAGUUAACGUCCAUGGUGGGGCUGUAUCUCUCGGCCAUCCUAUUGGAAUGUCUGGAGCUAGAAUUAUUGUUCAUCUUGUUCAUGCUUUGAAAGCUGGUGAGAAGGGCGUUGCAUCUAUCUGUAAUGGAGGUGGUGGUGCAUCAUCAAUUAUGAUCGAGAAACUGUUGUAUCCAGUUCCAUUACUUCCACGGCUUAAGUUGUUUACAAAAAAUCCAUGCUCAUUGUGUGAUAUUAUAAAAGAUGAAUUGAAACAAAAAUUCUUUGGUCGCUAUUCACUUGAACAAGUUGAUAUUACUGCACCAGGAAACGAGGGAUUAUACGAAUUAUAUAAAUAUCAAAUUCCAGUAUUAUUUUUGGAAGAUCAUUACCUUUGUAAACAUCGAUUAGAUGUUAAUCUUUUGGAAAAACGCUUGAAGGAGUUUGAAAAAAAACGAUAAUAUUUCAUAUAAUUGUUAUAAUUCAAAAAAGAUCUGUUUAAGUAACUCUUUGGACAUAACUGUUUGAAAUUUCAUGUUAUAAUUAAAUUUAGUGUGAAUGAUCCAUUUUAAAAUAAGAAAAAUCUUUCUACAGUCUGAGCCUGAUAAUUUUUAUAGAUAAAUGUGAAAUGAAACAAUUGUCCAUAUUGACUUUUUCCAUACCUCACAAUAAUUUGCCGGUAAAACUAUUAAGUGUGGUUACAUGCAUAA